GUUUUAGAAUAACUCGUGUGUUAAAGUUUAGUAGUCCAUUUAAUAAUUAUAUAAUUUCAAGCUCUUCGUACAUAUUAUAAAUAUAUUCAUAAUGACUACUUUUUGUUCAUAGAGAAAAGUUGAAUAAUUCAUCUCUUUCAAGUUCGGAAUUUCAAUUUUCAAAUCUAAGUAGUAAAAAAGUAUUAUUUAUUUCAUAUUUAGUAAUUUUAAUCUAGUUUAUAUUAUCUCUUAGCACAUUUGUAUUAAUAUUAUUUAAUAGAUUUAAGAAUUAUUGCUGCAAAGAUUUAAAAAAAUUUGCAAGAAGAACCGCUGCUGUGAAGAUUUAAAAAAAUUCGGAAGAAGAACCACUGCUGCGAAGAUUAAAAAAAUUGAAAAGAGAACCACUGAAGGCUAAAGACGUCAAGUGCUGCCACUGGUGCCGGUAGAUAGGGAGCGGUCGAACGACCAAUCCGGUGCUUCCUCCCCGCCAAGUAAUUGGACCAAUCGUGUGGCUCGUAGCGGUAGGCGCGCUCUCCCAGUAGCUAAGGGCGAUCAGAACCGCGGACGCCUUUCACGAGUACGGUUGGUUGGCUGAUCGUACGGGCCGUGUGUGCCUUGCGAGUAGUAAAAGUUGUGACCCUGGUGCACCGGUCGUACGAAAUAACAUUCACGAAUUCAUAGAAUUCAUUCGACAACAUAACAAUCAUUUUCCUUGAUUCGAUCAAAUCAAAGAAAUAUUUCGAAUAAAUACGCGAAAGAAGAAACGCGCUGUAACACGUUACUCGAAUGCCGGCUGUAAACGAUCGCGUGAAUAGUUACUAUAUACAUACAACGCGAGCUGUACGUCUCUCAACGAGUUUGCCUUCUUCGGUAAUCAUCGUGUUUUCAUCGUGAUUUAGUCGUCACUUCAUAAUAAUUAUCGGCAUUCAUAAUAUUCGCGAGUGUAUUCGCGUUCGAACGAGUAUUAUACUUUUGUGAGACUUUCGCCUUUGCCGGUUUUCACCUUUUGCGAGCAUGAUCCUUUCUUUUUCUGCGCGUGUGCUAUAACCAGCAAGUGGAAGAGAAAAAGAGAUAGAAGAAAGAAGAGGAGGAGGAGGAACAACGUACGCACGCACGAGGGUUCAUCCAACGCUUUGUUUUUUUUUAUACCGGAACUCUUUUCUCUCUAUUUUCUACCUCAAGGACAACUACCAUCGCUGGACUUUCUUCUAUUUUAAGUCUUCUUUCACGCCAAACUACUGCGACAUGAUAUCAUUCGUGUAGUUCCUGUCAGAUUCAUUGAUGAUCCUUGCUGGAGAUUUUUCGAGGAUGACGAGAGGACAAUCGGAAAUAUUCGACGUUAGUCAGCGGUUUCCAAGGACUCGAAGAGCCAUCUUGAUAGUCUUUUUAUUCAUUUCUUCGACUGUUGGCAACAAUGUCAACGAACCACCUAUUCUUGAAGCAGGAGGAUACCCUACAGGUUUACCUCUUUCAGAAUCGACCAAAGUAGGCACGUCUGUAUUCGUCCUAAAGGGCUACGAUCCGGAAGGAUCACCAGUGAAGUAUGGCAUACAACUCACCGACUAUUUCGUAGUCGACUCACGCACAGGCGCCAUCAAGUUAGCAAAGCCCCUGAAUCGUGAGGAAAACGACACUAUUCGUUUUCGUGUAACACUGGAAGACGAAGUCCCAGAUGGACAACAACCAAACAUAGUAGGUGUCGACGCUUACGUAAUCGUUCUCGACGAAAACGAUAAUCCACCGCAUUUCCUCGGCGUACCAUAUGAAGCUGUUGCGGCGGAGGAUAUGUCUGUGGGUACCACGGUUCUUCCGGGCAUCAGGGUCGUAGACCCCGAUCUUCUCGGUGACAACAUCGAAUUAACGUGUGUCCCACAGCCUCAAUUCCUUGAUGCUUGCCAAAAGUUCGGCAUUGUCAACGUCGAGAAAAGUCAGAAUACGUACGUAGGCGCCCUGGUUCUACAGCAACCACUAGACUACAGAGAGAGGCCCUUCUACCAGCUACUUCUAAGGGCGAGCGAUGGCUUGAAUAAUGGCACAACUGGCGUUGAAAUAAAAGUCGCGGACAUACAGAACAGCCCACCAGAAUUUCUCGACUCGUUAACUGGAGUAGUUCGAGAAGACGAUCUCAUUGGUACUUUAGUGAUGACAGUCAAAGCAAGAGAUGGUGAUAGGGGGAUGCCGAGGAAAAUGUUUUACGAAUUGGUCACCAAUCCAUUCGAUUACUUUUUACUCGACGACGAUACUGGCGAAUUAAGAACAGCAAAACCAUUAGAUCGAGAAGCUUUGAAAGAUUCAACAGGAGUAUUGACACUAAAAGUGAGAGCUCGAGAAUUAAUAGACGGCAUACCAGGUAACGAUGAGUUGACAGUCUCAACAGCUGAAGCCACUGUCACGAUCAAGGAUGUGAAUGACGAAGUACCGACGUUCAAUCGCCGUGAAUACAAUAUCGAAAUUCCUGAGAAUGUGCCGGAUGGUACACCGUUACCUCACUUAGAUAUGACCGUCAAAGACCCAGACGUUGGCUUGAAUUCCGUAUUUUCUCUACGUUUGGAAGACAUAACAGGUGCAUUUACAGUGGAACCUGCAAUGGCUACUGGAAGUACAUCAGUAAAUAUUCGAGUAACGAAUGGUUCUCUCGACUAUGAGAAUCCUAAUCAAAGGAAGUUCAUCAUUCUGGUCGUUGCUGAGGAAGUUCAUACGAAUCCUAAACUCUUGUCUACCGCGACAGUUACCGUAACGAUCACAGAUGCGAACGACAAUGCACCUUCCUUUGGUAGUCCUACGUAUACAGCUUUAGUAUCAGAAACUGCUGCUCCAGGAUCACCAGUUAUAACUAUCACUGCCAAAGAUCGUGAUAGUGGAAAAUUUGGUACAUCUGGUAUAGUUUAUCAAUUGCUCGGACAAGGCUCAGAACAUUUUUCUGUCGGCAAAAAAACUGGUAGCAUCACCGUUGCUCCUUGUCCAACUCCUGGUACUUCACCUUGUUUAGAUUAUGAAGAACAGACUGAAUACUUUCUCACUUACAAGGCAACCGAUGAUGAUGGAGAAGGACAGACAACGAGCGUAUCCCUACGCGUUAGCUUAGCCGAUGCAAACGACAGUCCACCACGUUUUCUUCAAGACAAAUAUCGUGCCGUAGUAGACGAAGGUGCUGAGAAAUUUGAACCGGAAUUGAAGGUCCAAGCACGCGAUAAGGACAAAACGUCAAAGAUCGUUUAUACUUUGGUAGCUGGAAACGAAUUGGAUCUAUUCGACGUCGAUCAGGACACCGGUGAAAUAACCAUAAAAAACAAGGGUCCGGUCGAUAUGACGAAUUCCACGCACGAUUGGAUAGCCCUCACCGUGCAAGCGAGCGACGGGAUAUUCGUUGACACUGCUCUGGUCAAUAUCACCGUACGUGACGUGAAUAAUAAUGCACCGGUAUUUCCUCACGACUUGUAUACGGCUAGUAUACCAGAAAUUUCACCGGUCGGUACUAUCGUCGAAGAGGUGCUAGCCACAGAUGCUGAUAGCGGCCUCAAUGCUGAGCUGGUUUAUAGGAUACAAAAGGGAGCCUUCGAUGAUUUUGCUAUUAACGAGACAACGGGUGUCGUUACGGUUUCUAGGAAGUUAGACUUUGAUGAUAAGGAUACUUAUCACGUGGAAGUAAUAGCCUUUGAUAAAGGAACUCCAAGCUUGACAGGUACGACAACACUGAUGAUCAAAGUUGAGAAUAGCAAUGACAAGCCACCAUAUUUUACACCGGAAACUCAACGUGCUGAGGUAACCGAGGACACUCCUAUCGGUACGGUUUUUACAACGUUGAAAGCAACCGAUCCAGACAGUGGAAAUUCUGAAGCUUUGAACUUCGCAAUUUCUGAGCCGAUUACAGCAAUCGAUAGAAAUGGUCAACAAGUUAACGAUAGCAAAGCAUUUAAAGACUUUUUUGCCGUUGACAGAGCAACAGGACAAGUCUCUGUUGUCAGACCAUUAGAUCGAGAUAUCGCAGCAACUGUUAGCGUUACUAUCGUCGUUAGUGAUACUACAGCUCCUACUUUACAACAAGGGAGAGGUACCUUGAUAAUCACUAUCAUAGACGUGAAUCACGUGGCGCCAGAAUUUUUAAAACCAUGGACUCGAAAUAAUCCGAGAUAUUUAAUCGAAAUGCAGGAAGAAAUCGAAAUGCAGGAAGAACAGCCAACUGGUGCAGUUGUUGGUGCAUUUACUGCAACAGACGUUGAUAGUAACAUCGCAGGAUAUGCUAUUGAACCACCUAGUCCUUAUUUUAAUAUAGACAAUAUCACUGGAAUUGUUAGAACUAGCCAAGUUAUCGAUUAUGAAGAGACAAAGCAAUUGGAGUUCACGGUCGUAGCUUACGAUUCUGGAGUACCACAGUUGUCUACAACAGCUAAAGUAAUCGUUACAGUGAUCAAUGUUAACGAUCAAGAUCCGAAAUUUGAGAAAGAAGGUUACAACGCAUCGAUCAAGGAAAAUUCACCACCAGGAUCCCACGUUAUUGUUGUAAAAGCUACAGAUGGAGACGAGGGUUCAUUCGGUGAAAUCAUGUACAGUCUUAUCGGAGAUCAUGCUGCUGAUUUUAACAUUGGACAUGAAACUGGAGAAAUUACCGUUGGUAGUGCUGCGGUUCUCGACAGAGAAAUUACACCAGAAAUUAUAAUAACGGUGAUGGCUAGUGACAACGCUCAUGUUAAUUCUCGACGCAGUACAUCUGUACCUGUCGUUGUUAAGUUGAUCGAUGUGAACGACAAUCGACCAAUAUUUUCACAACACAGUUAUAGAGCGUCAGUUGCUGAAAAUUUGUCCGUUAAUCCUCCAGCUCCCAUUCUACAGGUGAGAGCUGUCGAUCAUGACGAAGGUGUUAAUGGAGAAGUUUGGUAUACCAUCGUUCAUGGAAAUGAAAAUGAUUCUUUCUCAUUGAAUCGAGAAACUGGUAUUCUAUAUCCUGCUGCAGCUUUACUUGGACGAGCUGGUUCUUACAGAAUCGAAGUUGAAGCGAGAGAUGGUGCUGGAAAUGGACCACAUUUUGAUAGAUGUUACGUUGAUAUUAGAGUGACACCAGUGAACACGCACAAGCCACAAUUCGUUAUGCCCGAAUUAACAAACGCAACGGUCGAAGUACCCGAGAAUGCCGGCGUACCUAAUUAUUUGAUAUUGACUGUAAAAGCUAUCGAUCGAGAUCCCGGUGAAAAUGGACGAAUUAGUUAUCAUUUAAAAGUUGGAAAUAAAAAUGUUCAAGAAACUGAGGAGUUUUCGAUCGAUCAGGAAACCGGUGAACUUCGAUCAAAGAUCAUACUCGAUCGUGAGAUCAAAAGUAAAUUUGAACUCGUCCUUGUGGCGAUCGAUCAUGGUACUCCUACGGCAUACGAAGCUUUACGUCUUUUAACGGUUCAAUUAGUCGAUACGAACGAUAAUGUUCCACAGUUUUACGACGAAUAUAAUUUUCAGAUAUCAGAGAACCGCCCUAAAGAUUAUUUUGUAGGUAAAGUAAUCGCACAAGACGAGGACGAAGGUAGACAUGCCAAAGUUUACUAUUACAUAGAAGCAGGCAACGAAGGUUAUGCAUUUUAUAUGGACAAAUCGGAUGGUAGUAUAUAUGCAAACAAAUCAUUCGAUCGUGAGAUAAGAGACAAGUAUGUUCUCUCUAUCCUCGCAUCCAACAAUCCUGAUCUAUAUAUCAAUCCAACGGAAGCAGGUCGUCCCUUAUCACUUAAUUCAGAUCAUGGUCAUGUUAACGUAACGAUAUCAAUUCUCGAUGAAAAUGAUAAUCCUCCUAUUUUCGAGAGAAACGAUUAUUAUGCAGGAAUUAACUCAAUGGCAAACGUGAAUGACUUCGUUACUAAAGUAGUAGCCUCUGAUUUGGAUGUUGGAGACAAUGGCACUCUCCAUUACUAUAUAGCAGGUGCAAAUUUGUAUAAAUAUGGAUCAGAUAAACCUAGUGGUUCGAUAAUACCAAGUCCAUUCAAUGUGACACAAGAUGGUAAACUGAUCACCAGUGGAUAUAUGGCUGAAUAUAAUCAAGAUAGAUUUAUCGUCGAAGUUAUAGCCAAAGAGACAGCCAUUCCAGAGAGAUAUGCAAUGACUAGAGUUCAUGUAUGGGUAUUCGAGCCAUCGCAAUUGAUAAGAGUCAUUUUAUCACGACCACCAGAAGAAGUUAAUAGACAACGAGAUGAGAUUGUAUCUGAAUUAUCAAAUGCUACUCAGAGUAGAGUAGUCGUAGAUGAUAUUAGAUACCAUGUAGAUGCCUCUGGACAUAUUCGAAGAGAAUGGUGCGAUAUGUAUUUGCACGUCGUAGAAUUAAAAAGUCAAACGAUAGCUCCAGUUCCACACGUUCUUAAAGUCAUUGAUGCCAAAUACGAUUUCUUAAAAGAUUAUUAUGCCGGCUUUGCUAUAGAAAACGUAGUACCAGCUUAUGCCGGAGUUCAAGAGGAACCUUUUGAUCCUGCAUUAGCUGCUUUAAUAGCUUUAUUAGUCGUUCUACUGGUAGGUGCUGUUACAGUUACAGUAGUUUGUUGCUGUUUACGACAUUGGGUUAUUACUGUGCCAAAUGAUAUACGAAAAAAAGAUGGUUUGAUAAAGAAACAAAUAAUCGAUGAAUUAAAUACAACGGAAAAUCCAUUAUGGAUAGAGCAAAAAUUAAAAUUGUACGAGGAACAAGAACUAACGAUGCAAGUGUUUAGCGAACCUGAGGGUGGUCUUGGCUUGGAAAGACGUGGAAGUGGCGUAAGCCUUGGUAUGGGUGAUACGUCUCAAGACAAUACUUAUGCUACUAUUCAACAUCCAUUACCUGCAAAUAGGCAUCGUUCGACCACCCCAGAUUAUACAACUCUUCCUGGGAAUCAUAAUUUAUAUGAAUCAGCAAUGGGAUUUCAAGGUUCAACAUUUCAACCAUCACCAAAUGUAAUGCCGCAACUGACGCUGGACCGUGAUGGACAACCUCAAUUUGUUUCAGGGCUAGUAUAAAAAAAAAAGGAGAGAGAGAAGAUGAUACUUUGACGCAAAAAAAAAAAAACCCUUUUUCAUCUAUACGUAAUUCGCCGUACGUUGUACCUCUUUAUCUAUGGCUCUGUCUAUUGCAC